AUGCUCCCCCAACGAUUUGGAGAGUCCGAGAGCGCCGUAGAAAUCAACGGACGCUGCGGUAACAGCCGUCGCAAAGCGGCAGCUGUUGUUAAUGAACUUCGAGUUGGAGGAGAGAGAAGCGAUGGAAACGAGUUUGUUGUGAACGAAGGUGGAUCGCGAUACAGAAGAAAGGAGAAAGAAGAUAGAGAGGCAGAAUCGCCACUGAAUUGA